CGAGCGGGUCUGGUCAGCAGAGUCGCGGGGCUCGAUGGGUCUAGAUGUUGGAGCACGAAGGAUGUCCACUUAUACGCAUUAUUAAUCGCAGGUGCGCCAGUUUAUUAAUCCACUGCGUGUGUGAUGUGUUCGCGCCGAUGCGUUGCGAGGUACAAACGCAUGAUGAUGUGCAUACAGUCGCAAGUGUAGGGUGUUCUCUUUCGGAGAGGAUCCACAAUUCUAAGUAAUUCUCCUCCGUAAAAGGAGAAUGCCAGAUUGCUCUCUUCCAUCGUGCAGCCUCCCAAUGUGCGACUUUUGAACGGUUUCUUCUGUGUUAAAUUGUGUAUAUAACGAAUUGAAAGGAAGAGAAGAAAUCUGAAACAGGAAACAUGGAUUUGGAAGAGGAUUCGCUGCAGGAACAUCUGCUGAACGUUUACGAUACUUCCUCGACCAACAGUCAAGUUCUUUACAAACUCCUGCUGGACGCUCUACGAUCCAGGGAUUUUCGUUCCUUCAGAAAUACUGUGGAGCAUAACUUGAGGAAGCAGCCACCCGCUAUAAACGUCAACUAUGUCCAUCCCAAUCAUUCGGAAGAGACGUGUCUUGACAUUGCCAGUAGAAAUGGUCUGACGGAGUUCGUAGAGUUUCUACUGUGUAAUGGAGCGAAUCCUAAUAGAGUGAACGAGGCGCACAAUCGCGCUCCCAUUCAUUUCGCCACCGAAGGCGGACACGUGGACACUCUGGCAGCUCUGUUGGCGGAACCGACGAUAAAUCCGAAUCUCGAGGCGGGACAGCAGACCGCUCUGCACAUUGCGGUAAGGAAGAAGGAUCUCGCAUGUGCCGAUCUGCUGUUGGAAAGAGGCGCCAGCGUCAAUAUUCCCAAUAAUAAAGGCCUGACGGCCCUUCACCUGGCGGCAAUGAAAACACAGCGUGAUAUGGUAGAGCUGAUACUAAACAAGUGCCGACAGUGUCCGGAUCUGGACAGUUACAAGGACUACAAUCAUCAGACAACGCGAGAGGUGCUUCAACAAAAGUUACCGAGAUUGUUGUUGCCGCCCAGAUCCGAAAACCGAGAGACGAACGCGCACGAUCUUAAGUAUUACCUGAUUGCCAAUGAUCAGACGAACUUUUUGAGGAGCCUGGAGUUCGUCAAGACGGAGGUUCUUCACAGUGUGGCCGAAGACUUGCUGGAGAUGGCCGUGCAACGUGAUUUUCAAGAGGUCGUGGUGGGAAUUCUGGAAAAACUGAAGGGGAGUCUCUUCAGCGUGAAGAAAGCUGCGCGCGUGGCUGUUGAACAGGGUAAUCACGCUAUACUUCAGGAAUUGCUGAACGUGGAGCCUGAAGUGGCCAACAAUCUGAUUUUGGAUGCCUGUCUGGAGCUGGGAAUGCCAAGGAAACGAGGAGUCGACGACAGGUCGGAUCGGUUGCAGUGUCUGAGAUUAAUCCUGAAACAGGAAAACGUGGAUGUUCGUUGCACUGACAAUAAAGGCAACACGCCACUGCAUUAUGCGGCUAGGGCAGGUUGUCGCGAAGCGGUGACUCUUCUUCUCGAGCGGGGCAGUUACAUCGGUCACAUGAAUAAGUUCAACGUACCGCCUCUCGCCGACAUCCCGGUGUGUACGUUGUCGCGUUACUUUGACAACUGUCUGCAGACGCGGAAGGAGCGGACGAACGAGUACACUAUCGAGUUCAAUUAUCGCUGCCUGAUGCCGCACGAUGUUCUCGGGGAACACGAUAAGAAUCGUCGGGCAGUUUCCGAGUUGGAAGUGUUCAAGUACAUCGGUUGCAACGGCGCUCUCAAACACUUGCUCAAGCACCCGCUGCUCUCGUCCUUCCUCUUCCUCAAGUGGCAUAGAAUACGGCACAUCUUGUACAUGAAUUUUGCCUUCUACGUGAUCUUCUACUUCUUGUUAAACGCUUACAUUCUCAUGAGCACGACUUAUAACAGUUCUGCGAACAAAAACGAAACGCAGACGGUCAACAGCUCGAAAGACGCUCUCGGGAGUAUUUUGCGAAUCGCCGGGUACCAGAAUAACCUCCUGUGGGCCUUCACCGCCAUGCUGUUUCUGCUCUUCAUCUUCCGGGAGAUCCUCCAGUUCAUCUCCUGUCCUUGGCGCUAUCUGAAGAACUUGGGCAAUUGGCUGGAAGCUGCGUUGAUCGUGCUGACUUUCGCCGUGCUGUGCGGCGCAGGGCCCCAGAUCAGCGCCAUAGUAAUCCUCCUGUCCGCGUGGGAAUUGGUGAUCCUGAUCAGUCAGCAUCCGCGCAUGACCACCGGCAUCGAGAUGUUCCGCACAGUCUCCUUCAAUUUCGCGCGCUUCCUCUUCCCGUACGCGUUCCUCAUCCUCGCGUUCGCCCUGGCCUUUUACACGCUCUUCAAGGACGGCGACGACACGAGCUUCCCCGAUCCCGGUCGCUCGCUCUUCAAGACCUUCAUCAUGCUCACCGGCGAGUUCGACGCGAACGACAUCCCGUUCGUCUCGCAUCCCGUUUGGAGCCACAUCGUAUUCGUGUUGUUCGUCUUCCUCAUCGCCAUCGUGCUGUUCAAUCUGCUGAAUGGUUUGGCGGUCAGCGACACUGCCGAGAUCCUGUGCAAGGCCGAACUGGUCGGACUCAUCUCCAGGAUACGUCUGGUCGCCUACAUCGAGGACGUGGCGGUCGGCAAAACGUGCAGGCAGUGUUUCUGCUGCAGCGAAAAGUCGUCCUCGAUGCGAUGGAAUCCGUUCGGCUUUCUCGCCAGGAGGAUUCUUUUGUUUCCGCAUUACCUGAGAGACGGCAGGAUUAACGUCAAGCCGUACGACUACCUGGACGUGUACAGCAACGACAGACACUGCGAGAGGUACAUUCGCAGCGAGUCCGUGAAUCGUGAUAAACGUUGGUCCACCUUGAAGAUGGAUCCUAAUAUAAUCAAACAGGCUAAACGAAUUAUCUCCGAGAAAAAUCAGUUGUCGGACAACGAGAGGAUAAUAAUCGCGUUGAAUAAACUACAGGAGAAACUGGCGAGGAUGGAAGUCGCUUUGGAUACCGUGAAGCUCGCAGUUGAGAAUAAUAAUGUAGACAAUACGAUGAAAUCUAUGGAGAGUUAAUAAGCGAAUGAUCCAUGUUUUUCCUUAAUUCUGUAUCCUUUAAAAAAAGAAAGAUUUUAUUUUAUGAGUUACUCGCUUUGUGCGGUUUAUUUUCUUUUACAUAACGUUGAACAUUGUAAUACAUUGUUAAGUAUGUCAAAUUUUAUUAUUAAAUUUUAUUACAGAUGUUGACUUACCUAAACUGCGUGUAUAUGUGCCAUUAUUAUAAUCGUAAUCGAGGUAGAACUUAUACCUAAAUAUUACACAAUGCGCAUAUAUAUAUAUAUAUAUAUAUAUAUAUAUAUAUAUAUAUAUAUAUUGUUGCACGUUUUAUAACAAACAUUUUAUCAGUACUUUGCAGAAUUGCUCUUUAAUCAUUUGUACUUUUGUAAGCAAAUUUUUAACAACUUACAAUAUGAGAUUUUUAGCGAUAUUUAUAAUAUGAGAUUAUCAAUUGUUAUUACUUUUAAAUAUAACUCUGAUGACAAAAAGAUACAGUGUAGUUUUUUCUGUGAAAAUUUAUCUUAUCUCCAUCCUGUAUGUGCAAAUAUAAGUGUGUAAAUAAGCGUUGGAAAAUAAAUAUUCUCAAGAUUUACUACUAAAUUAUUGUCGUAGAUCUCUACAUAUUUAUGAAUAAAUCAGUCUGGACGGA